AUGUUACUUGAGAGCAUUAAAGUAAUUAGAAUUAAUUAUUAUAGGUUGCCAUUCGAAUAAGGCCUUUAAACACCAGAGAUCUUGAGAUUUCCGAUAAGAGUACCCUCAAAGUUACAGAUCAAGAGACCUUAGUAGCAAUUCCUCCGGUCGAGGCAGAAGUUAAGUAGGUCAAAAAGAGCUAUAAAUUCAACUGGGUUUUUGACUAAAUAGCCACUCAAAAGGAUUUAUUCGAAAAGACCCUAGAAUAUUAGGUGCUUUCUGUGUUGGAUGGAAUGAAUGUUACUCUUUUUAGUUACGGUGCUUCUGGAACAGGAAAGUCACAUACGUAAUUAUUUUGAGUAUUUUAAGACUUAUGAAAAUGAACGAUGAUUAUGGAUUAUUGAUACGGGCCCUAAAUCAACUCUUUUAAACGAUACACAACAGAAAAAGGAAGAUUCAGAUGAAAUUUUCAUACAUAGAAAUCCAAUAGGAGUAACUCUAUGAUCUACUAAACAAUAUGAACGGAAACCUCGACAUUAGAGACGAUGUAGAGAAAGGCGUAGUAAUAAAUGGAAUGCGAGAAAUUGAUGUUACGAGUACUUAAGAGGUGAUCAACUUGAUUUAAUAUGGAAAACGACAAAAAUCAACCAAGUAACAUGAAGUUCUAAUAUUUACUAUCUAUAUACAGGAUAUGGUUGGUUAAAACAAUGAAAUUUAGAUUUCUAAAUUUAUAGUCGCCGAUCUAGCUUGGCUUGACAAAAGUGGAUAAAAGUCUGCAUCAAUAUAGGUUCUUAAUGGCUGUAUUUCAUUACUAAGUGAGGCUUAGACUAAAAAGAUUUAGCCAUUCAUUCCCUAUAGAAAUAGCAAAUUGACAAAAAUACUCAAAGAUUCUUUCGGUGGGAAUUCCAAGACUUUAAUUAUUGGGUGUGUCUCUCCUUCAGUGGCUAAUUAUGAGGAAACCAUCUAAACCCUAGAGUAUUGCUCGAUGGCUGCUGGGAUCUUUAAUUAAGGGACAAUCAAGACCAUAUAAUAGAGUAACCAGCAUGAAGAUAUUAAAUCAAUUUACGAUUAAUUAAUAAAUGAGAAUGCAGAGCUGAAGAAACAAUUAAAUCACAAAUCCAACUAAAAACCAUUAAAUAAUGAAAAGGAGUAAACCAAAUUGUAUGAAGAGAAUAUAAUUGAACACUUUAACAACGAAUAAGAUAUUAAUUAAUCUAUUUUCAAGUACCAAUGGGAAAUAGAGUAGAUUAAAUUCAAUGUGAACGAAAACUAAGAAAACCUAUAGCGUGUUGAUGGAAUAGACAGAAAUUCAGCAGAUAAGUUAAGGUUCUAAAUUGAAUAGGAUCUUAAAUAAUUACACAAUUAUUAGGAAUAACUAGUUAAAUUUUAAAAAUAAGCAAGCAAUUUCUCCAUCCAAAGAAGAGCUUUAGAGGAGGUAUUAGUAUCUAUUUAAAUUUAGAAUGUCAAUUAAAGUAAUUUAUCGAAUUCUUAUAAACUAUACUUAACAAAUUUGAUUGAAAAACAUGUUCUAAGAGUAGAAGUAUUCGAAAUUAAACUUAAAGAAUAAAUAAAUGAAUUACAUAGGUCCUAACACGAGAGAAUUAUGGCGAUUUAAAGAAGUUAGAUUACUUUGAGGGAUCGAAUCAUUGCUGAUCAGAGGAAACAUUUAAUAUCACAUGGCAAAAACAGGUCAGUUUAACAUUAUUCUCAAAUUGACACCACAACUGAAGUCAUUGAUGGAACCAAGGCCAAGCUCAAGCACUAUCCAUUGCCAAAAGUUAAAGGUAUUUUAUACAUUGUUAUCAUCUAGACCAUUAUUUUAAUAAGCAAGCCUAUUUGUAAAGAAAAGAAUCCCCAAAAUCAAUUUUCAGUCCAAGACUCCAAACACCGUUGCAACUGAAAGAAAAGAAACCGUAUGUUCCAAAAACACCUCACACAAAAAUACUUGAUAAUCUUUCCACACCAAUUAUACCUAAAUCAAAUCCUUUGGCAAAAGCACCUCCUUCAAAAUUGAUUGAUUCCUAAUUCAUGGUAGCCUUGCCUUUAAUAACAACCAAUAGAAAUUUAUCUAAAUUUGUUUAUGACUGGAGAGGAAGUGGUUAUAAGUUUGUAGAAGACCAAAAAAAUAUACCUUCAUAAAGAGAACUUAAGAAGGUUAUAUCAUCAAAAUAAUACACCUAGUAAAGUCUUGACAAAUCAUUUUUCACUACUUCAAGUAGAAGUAAAUAAAUAUCAUAAUUAUUAGGCACUUCUGCAAAAAGAGUGUCAUUUAAGCAAAGUCUUUUACUACCUGGUAAAGUGCACGAGUCCCCUUAUGUUAAAGGAUUUAUUAAUAAAGAAAUUCAAAGAAAGAUGAAAUUAAAAUAAUUGAAUUAAAAAAUGAUGAAAGCUACUAAAAAUAAAUGA